GCCGGACAGGUGCCCGCCGCCACGCCAGCGCGAGCCAACAUUAGUCAAAUUCUAGUUUGAGAUCAGGCCAAAUCCAGGCGGGCCAACGAACCCAUCGAGGCCAUGGAGACGGCAUUCCGCCUGGCUUGGCCUCCUUUUGUUUCUUUAGACUUCCUAAUAUUCUCCUGCGUCUUGCUUUCUGGAGAGACGCCGUACAGUGGCACCGGCCAGCCAGCCAGCCAUCGACUCCUUUCCAGCGAGACAUUGACACCCACUGCAAAGGCACUAGAGAUUGAGCCAGGGUACUUUGCUUGGCCCGAUUUACACGACAGCAGCCCCCUCGCCCCCGUUCGUCACAUUCUCUCUUUCGGCAAACCGAUACCUCCUUAGCUGGUGCUCGUGCCUUGGCUGUGCGACCGGCCGACGCCCUCGAGGCUAUCCGCCGCCUUGCCCAUUGGCUGGGACCUCCUCGUACCUAUGUAAAAGCGCGUUUGCCAACCCUGACGAUCGCAACCCCGUUUUCAAUCGCCGCCUUUUCUCCUUUUUUUCCUCUUGGGACAGUGCCGCUCUUUUUUAGGACGGGGUCCACCGCUGGUCCAACUUCCAUUCCUUGUGGCCCCUGCCCAGGACCAGCCGCGGUUUCUAGACCGCGAGAGCUUAUCCGCCCCUCCCUCCCUUUUGGCUGUGCGAGCCCAGGUCUUUCGACUUCGCCAAGCCGGCCUUUCUCACACCGAAGAACCGACCCCGAUAUCGACCCUGAUCCCCACGGCGACUCGCCGACAAUCGCCGCCAGUGAGCCAACUCGCAGAGUCGGAGGCAACCCCUCAGGCACCAUGUCCCACCACCAGCCCCCACAACCACAAGCCAACCUCUACGGCUUUGGCGACCAUAUGCAGGGUGGCCAGCCGCCCAAUCAGCAGGAUGACGACGCCAUGAUGUCUCUUCUCGGCUACAACCCCGCCUUCGACUCUAGUAUGCAGAUGGCACUCGACGAUGACGCCAAUGCGCUCAUGUCGGCGCAAACCUUCCAGCGCCCUCUAGCCCCAGCCGCUAUCGCCGCAACGCCCGCCCCUGCUCCCGUCGUCUCCGCCCCGGCCGCGUCUGACCUGCGACGGGUCGUCAUCCCCGUAACCGGAACAUCGGGCGGCCCCACUGAUGCCGAGGGGCUAUUGGGCUCCAUGGACGGUAUCGCAACCGGACAGGCACCGUCGGCCUCCCCGGCAUCCCAGCAGGCAUCAGCAAAAAGUGGCUUCGCCGCCCCGUUACAAAAACAACCCCAACAACCACAACAACAGCUGCCGGGCCCUGCUGCCGGGGGCGGGGGCGGGGGAGGAGGCAGUACCUUAACAGACUACACAAAGAAGCGGGACUGGGCGGCGCGGACGGUGGAAGAGUUGGCGGACCUGCAGCAAAUAUUGGACGAGAACGGGCGGGUCAGGCAUGUGUCCCAAAGCGUCACAGCGCUGACAGGAUAUACAAAAGAAGAAAUGCUGGACGCGUUCCUACGAGACCUGAUCCACCCAGACGAUGUUGGCAUCUUCGUCUCGGAGCUGAACGAGUCCAUAGCUACGGGAAACACGAUGCGCUUCUAUUAUCGCAUGCGCAAGAAGGAUGGCACGUAUGGCAUAUUCGAGUCGGUCGGCCAUGGCCAUAUCGCUCCAGCAAAAUUCGCCCCCAACCCGCAUAACAAGUCGCAUUUCUGCCAGGCCGUCUUUCUCAUAUCGCGCCCCUACCCGACAAAAAAUGCGGUUCUGCUCGACUCGUUCCUUGAGCACAAGAUCGAGAACGAGAGAUUGCGACGGCGUAUACAUGAGUUGCGCAAGGAGGAAUACGAAGAUGGCGGCGAGGAUUCGCAGCGUCAAUGGCCGGCGAGCUUGGAGGGACGCUCCGAUAUCAUGUCUGAAGAUGCCACCGUGACGGCCUCGGCUUCAGCGACACCCAGGCACCCCGGCCACGCACACGCACCUCACAACGAGGGCAUUCCACUCUCGGGCGGCGGCGGCGCCGCCGCCGCUCUGGACGGAAAGCUCACGCGCGAGAACCUCGAGGGUAGCGUGCGGCAAGAUUCCAUCAAGGACAAGAUGGCGCGCUACGAGGGCACAUCUCAUGCCGAUACUAUCGAGAUGUUGACGGGGCUGCGGUACCAGGAUGGCGAGAGGAGCCACGGGGUGACUCCGGGAAACACCAGCCCUAUCCUCACCAAGGGGGACGCCGGCAUCGCGAUACCCCUUGAUAGGGAUCCCAGGGCCAGCGCGGACAAGAAGAAAAAGCUCAAGGUGGCAGAGGAGUACGUGUGCACCGACUGCGGCACACUCGACUCUCCAGAAUGGCGCAAGGGGCCCAGUGGGCCUAAGACUCUCUGCAACGCCUGCGGCCUCCGCUGGGCCAAGAAGGAGAAGAAGAAAAACGUCCGCAACGGAACUGGAACGGCAACUUCCAUGACAGUUGCAGAUUAUUGAAGCUCGAUGGUCCCUCGACCAACCUUAUGCAUCGAUACUAUUCAAGAUGCUCACACGCUACAGGAAAUGCGCCUUGCGUCGUGGCCACAAACCGCGACAUGAAACAAGGGGUUUGUGGACGACCAUGGUGGGCUGGCCUAGCCAUAUCUCCUAUCCAUCGGCGCCCGGCAUGUCCAUUACCUAUACGAAGAGCCUGCUUGUACCAGCAAAUAUCACACCCUACUAAUAAGGCAAGGUCUUUGUUUUCCUCCCCUUUUUUUCCCCGUCAAAACCGGCGCUUUGGAAGGGGUGUAUAGAAUGCGAUGUCUGCUUAAACUAUCGACAUACGGUCAUCCCUUUUGCCAUUCCCCAUAUACACCGUCUGCUUUUUUGUUAUCCCACCAUUCCUCCCUCUUCAGCCACUUUCUCCAAUUGUUCCCGAAUUUGUUUGCGAUAUACCCCAGGUAACGUGUGGGUGAAAAGAAGGUCGGCGGCGAUCGACACAAGCGUCUUGGAGCGGCUUCAUUGGGCAUACCUACCUACCUACCCGCCUGCCUAUCAUGUACAUACACACUACAGUGCUGCAGUAUCAAUCUCCCAACCAAUAACCGAUUUACCUCGGGCUCGCGCGUGCCACA